AUGUACUGGCUUGUGCAGACUUUCGUAUUUGGCAAAAUUACCAGGAUGAACAUAGGCGUUCAAAUGGCUCAUCACACAAUUUUCAUCGUUGCAGUGCUGCUUUGUUGUGUCUGUUUGACAGUUUCAUCAAAUGGGAAAGUAUCCGUCAUUGAUCUACCUUACGUUUCCGGAGAAUGGUAUUGGAAACUGCGUUUCUUUUAUCCAGUCAGUGAAAGCGUGGAUGGAAAUGUUGAUGAACUACAGAACUAUACGUUUAUUCCGAAAACAACCUCAUCUUAUGUACAUACAAAUGAAACUAUAAAAUCAGAUAACCAACUAAUUAGUAUUAAUUUGGUUAUGUCCACAGAAGGUUCCAAACUACAGAAAUGUGUUUUGUUGUUAACAGUAGAGCAGGAUGAGGAAUACUUUGCAUGGACAAAUAUGACAUUAAUAUAUCAGUUCGCUGAGCCUUUAUCCACUUUAUCACAAUCUGAAUUACCUACUUCUGAAGCCAAAAUUUCCACUACGUCUGAUCAAAAAUUUUUAACUCGUACUGAUGAAGUGUAUGUGUGUGAUACAGAAAUACCAAUUAAAUUUGGUCACAAUGUUGAGAUUGUCUUUAAUUCAAUGACAUUUCAAGCAUUCAAAGCUGAAGAAACAAUUAGACCAGAUCGCUUACGAGAAGUUUGUCCACGUGACUUCAAGAGUAAUAUACCAAUUACAGCGUUGACUGGAGUUUCAUUGCUUGUUGUGGUAGUACUUAUUGUUUCAGUAUUUGGAAUAAAUGCUUAUUUAGCUCAUCUUAAAUCAACACUUCAGUAUCAACAAGAGUUGAAGAAUAAUCAACAAAAUACUGCAAAAGACUCAGACUCUUUUAAUUCAGUUAAUGUAACUGAGUGUAUUGAAUUGAAGGAUGCUAAUUUGAACAUCAAUAAUCAACAAAGUGGAACAAUGAAUUCAAGUUCAAGAAAUUCACGUUUACCACCAUUAAAUAGAAUUACCGUUAUCUCUCAAGAUGACUUUCAUCAGUUAUGUGCUCUUCUGGAGUUUCGCGGUUAUUUUCUUAUUACAUAUACAAACAAUCGUUCGAAAGAGACAACCUGUUAUCGAAUUCCUAUCGAUUUGACAGAGAAAUAUUCUUCGAAAGAUGAGAUUUCUUACAUUCUGGAUAAAUCUUUUUUGAUGAAUCAUAACAACACAACAAACAGCAAUAUAUCGGAUAAUAACAGUAAUAACAAGUCAAAAAUACCAUUUGUUGAGCCAGAUAAUAUGAUCAUAGUAACAACGAAUUCAUCAUGCUGUGACAAUUUUCUUCGAUGUUUCUCUCUUCCACUGAAUUCUAGUGGAAAUGAGAACAGUUUGAUAAGAGAUUGGACAAUUGAUUUUUACUGGAACCGUACACCAGAAAUGUACGAGUUUGGUGAAGAGGGUUGGAGUAGUGUUGGUUCACCUGUUGGCGCAUUAUCAGGUGUUUAUGAUCUGGUUGAUGUGAAACUAAAGUAUCGUAUUGAUAGAAAUUCUGGAUUUGACUUUCUAAUAAGUGGAAAUGAUACUGAGGAAUUUAUUGUACAUAGUUUAGCUGAAAAGCGUUUACAAGCUAGAGUUGGUGAUUAUUAUGAAUGUGUUUCAGAGACUCAAUUUGUUUUUGAUACAGAAAAUAGUACAGUAGUUAAUUCGAAUGAUAAUUACAUUAAAUCACAUAACGACAAAUGGAAUAUUAUAAUGAGUUUACAAAGUGUACGCUCUCAAGCAUUUGCUGACGUCAAUGUACCAGAAUUUACUGGAGCAAGUAAGUACGCUUUCUUAGUCACAUCCUGUAUAUGUAAAUAUAACUGACAAUACCUCCUACUGUCAGCAUGAAUUACAUUCAAAAUAGCAUGAUUUCAUUCCAUUAAUACAGUUUAGCAGCAAAGCGUUGUACGAUUUAUCACACGUCAAUAUUGAGAUUAUAUAUAUUUCAAAAACAGAUGCAAACAACAAAGAAACAUUUCAAUAAACCAUAUAUAUAUUGGUGCUGUUCAAAGAAGAACUAUAAACACCCAUAAAAUGCGAAUAUCAUGAAUCCGCAAUCGUCAAAUGAUUCAUCAAAACAAAGAAGGAGGGAACCGAAAUGAAUAUUAUCAUAUGCUAUGAACCCACCAUUGAUAGCAGUGACGAGGAUAAACAUCAGUUUUACGAGAGGCUGCAGUCGAUCACAGAGAAGUGCCCAGAAGAGAACCUGACCAUCCUCAUAGGAUACCUAAAUAUGAAAGUCGAAAUGUACAACAAGAUAUAAUGAGACGAAAUGAUGGACUAACUGAGAGAAAGGAACGAGAAUUGCGAGAGAUUCGCAAAUUUAUGUACAUUCAGCAAAAUGGUUGUAGGUGGAACUAUAUUCCCACAUAAACACAUACACAAGGCUACAUAGGUCUCAUUCGACCACAUCACAGAGAACCAGAUUGAUCAUAUUUGUAUUACUAGUAAAUUCAGAAGGUCAAUGGAAGGCGGGAGGACCGAGAGAGGAACUGACAUAACUUCAGAUCACAACCUAGUGGUUUCAAAGAUGAAACUGGAGCUUAAGAAGCACUGAACAACUGAACAAACAGCAUUACAAAGUUUCAAUACAGCCUUUCUACGAGAUACUGACAAACUUUACGAAUUCAAGUUAGCUCUCAGUGACAGGUUCCAAGCCUUACAAGAUCUACUGAAAGAAGAAGAAACUCUUAUGGAGGACAACAGGAAAGGGAUCAAAGAAGCACUAACUUCAACGUGUCAGGAGGUGCUGUGGCGCGAGAAGUAUCAUCAUAAGCCAUGGAUCUCUAUUGAAAACCUAAACAAGAUUCAAGAAAGGAAGAAGAAGACAGCAAUUAACAACAGCUGAACAUGAAAGAGAAAUUAAAGGAACACGCUGAAUACAAACAAGUAAACAUGACAAUGAAGAGGAGUAUCCGAGCCGACAAGCAGAAAUACAUGAGAGACCUAACACCGACGGCGGAGAAGGUUGCCAGAGAAGGAAAUAUGAGACGACUAUAUGGUGCAACGAAAUAACUGGCAGAGAAAUCUUGUAAACUAGAGAGACCGGUCAAGGAAAAAGAAGGCAAGCCAACCACUAAGAGACAUCACACUACUAUCUAUACUGGGGGACGUUUUAAGCAAAGUGUUGUUGAACCGGAUGAAGGAUUUAGUAGACGCUCAAUUUCGGUAUCAACAGGCUGUAUUUCAUGAGUAUCGGUCGUGCAUAGAUCAAAUCACGACAUCACUAAUCAUUGUUGAGUGGAAUUCGUCACGACACGUCAACUUUCUUGACAUUGAGAAAGCGUUUGACAUUGUGGAUAGGAGAACCUUGUGGAACCUCCUUCGACAAUAUGGUGUACCUGAGAAGAUCGUCAACAUUAUUCGCAAUUCAUACAACUGACUUUACUACAAAAUGGUGUGUGUAGUAGUACAGUUGACAGACGCAUUCCGAAUGAGGACCUGAGUCAGACAUAGCUGUCUACUUUCCCCCUCUCUCUUUCUUCUGGUGGUUGACUG